AGGACGGCCUGCUCUGGAGGGAGGAGGAAGCCGCUCGGCCCGGAGCUGCGAUGGGGAUUUGAACGCACCUCGGCGCAGAAGAAGCGGCGCACGGCCCGGCUCAGAGCGCAGCGGGCGGCUCCGCGUCACUUGAACCCCCGGGUUUGGAUGUAACCUGAUCGGAUCGGGCCUGCUGACUGAGCGCUGCUUCUCUGCUGCUUGUUGGAGCUGCUCGGAGGCCGGGAGCUGGAGGGACAGGGUCUGCCCGGGUUGCUGCUGCUGCUGGAGGCGGAUUGUAGCGGAGUGGAUCCUGCGGGGUGGGGGGGGGGGGGACCUGCUGCUUCUCUCUGCGUGUUUAGUGCGCGUUUCUUUUUUUGGACACGCGGAUUAAGUGAUUAGCGCUCCGGUACCGGGGAGUUGGAUGUGUGUUUUGCCCCGCAGGAGUCACCUGGAGUCCGGGCGCAGAGACGGGGCCGAUGGCGCAACGGUAUGAAGACCUGGCCCACUACGGGCUGGACGGCAUGGGUGGGGGUAUGUAUGGAGACCCACACCACCAGCAUCACCACCACGCUGCCGCUGCCGCCGCCCGCUCUUUACAGGCUGUGCACCUGGCUGCCGCAGCCGCCGCUGCAGGAGGAAGUCCAUACCCCUCACACCAGUACGGCCAGUCCGCCCACACUGGCAGCAGCGGCAUGACUCCCUCAGCCGGGGACGCCGUCAAGAGGGACAAAGACGACAUUUACGGACAUCCUCUAUUCCCUCUACUCGCACUGAUUUUUGAAAAAUGUGAACUUGCGACCUGCACGCCGAGAGAGAGCGGCGUGGCGGGAGGAGACGUCUGCUCCUCGGACUCCUUCAACGAGGACAUCGCCGUCUUCUCCAAACAGAUUCGAUCCGAGAGGCCUUUAUUUUCAUCAAACCCAGAGCUGGAUAAUUUGAUGAUUCAGUCGAUACAGGUGCUGCGUUUCCACCUCCUGGAGCUGGAGAAGGUCCACGAGCUCUGCGAUAACUUCUGUCAUCGAUACAUCAGCUGUCUGAAAGGGAAGAUGCCGAUCGAUCUGGUUAUUGACGACAGAGACGGAAACAAAUCGGACAGCGAGGACUUCCUCAGGUCGUCAGGAAACAACAUGGACCAGAUUUCAUGGAGCAGAGAUCCUGACGAUGCAGCAUCAAUACGAUCGGCUGGGACACCUGGACCAUCGAGUGGGGGACACACGUCUCACAGCGGAGACAACAGCAGUGAACAAGGUGACUGUCUGGAUAACGGCAUGGCCUCUCCCAGUACAGGCGACGACGACGACCCCGACAGAGACCGACUGCACAACAAAAAAAGAGGAAUCUUCCCCAAAGUGGCCACAAACAUCCUGAGAGCGUGGCUCUUUCAGCACCUGACGCACCCGUACCCGUCGGAGGAGCAGAAGAAGCAGCUGGCUCAGGACACCGGCCUCACCAUCCUGCAGGUCAACAACUGGUUCAUCAAUGCGAGGCGGCGGAUCGUUCAGCCAAUGAUCGACCAGUCCAACAGAGCAGUGAGCCAUGCAGGACCGUACGGCCCAGAUGGUCAGCCAAUGGGAGGCUUCGUUAUGGACGGACAGACACACAUGGGAAUCAGACCACCUGGUCCUUUAGGUGGAGUGGGGGUGGAGGGACAGUGGCACUACAUGUAGAAGCACCAACACGUCCUGCGGGCAGAGGACCCGCCCAGCGUCCCAGGAAACGACAGUGAGUCACACAAGUCUGAUUCUUUAAAGGGCCAGUUCACCAAAAUGACCAAAAACUACUUCCUGCUGUUUCCAUGACGAUUUUACCCAAACUUCUGUGAAGUGACACCCGGUCUGUCUCCAACCCCAAAACAACGGAUGUGCACGUGCACGUUGUGUAGUUUGGGGUUUGAGGGCACCAUUUUGAAGCCCCUGUGGGAGGAGUUUAUUGCAGGUUAUGAAACAGAUGUCUCAGUAUCGUGUCUCUGAAGAAAGCAAACAAAAACAUCAGCGACUUUAUUUUUAAGAGUG